UGUUUGGAACUGUUGCUGUCAAAGACUUUGCUGUUUCAAGGCUUCCACUAUUAUAAUUCAUGAAUUUCACUUAUAUUGAAUUUUAAACCACAUAAAAUGACUCAGUUGAAUGAACUCAAAACAGACUUUCUAAAAUCCUAAUUAUUAAAUUUCCAAUAUCUCUCGGUUCGACAAUACUUUUUCAACGGAUUGGCAAGACACUGUAUUAUACACAAAAACUCUCUAGCAAUUUGAAAUUCUACAUUGGCGUUUGUGAAAGCAGCGUAACAAUCAUGAAUUCAUUCGUGGCAACUGUGUAGGUCCUACGCUGCCAUUUUUAUUUUUUACUUAUUUUUUUGUUUUUUGUUUUUUGUUUCUUGUUUCCCAAUGUUCGUCAACUUUCACUUUCUCAACAAGGCAUAAAAAAUUACGAAAUCGAACAAUGUGGUAUCAGAUAAAAUCAAAUCAACCAUUCAUUAGCUCGGCAUGUGUGACAGUUUUCACAAAUUCUCCCACCAAAAACCCUCUUUUAUCAACACGGGUCGAACCAUUAAAUGAAAACACCAGAAUGAGUGAGUGCACCACACUUCCUAACUGGAGGGUGGUUUGUAGUGCCGAAGAGGAAUGGAGAACAGACUGAAGCUCAUGAAAACAGAGCAAUGACGCUCAUCAAUGGCGAGGAGGUGGAGGAGGAAGAAGAAGAGGGAGAAUAGGAGGAAUGGACAUAGACUUGGCAACCGCAGUUUGAGAAUUGCUAGGAAGAGUAAUUAUUUUGCUUUGCUCUUCGUUGUUGUUGUGCAUUCGGGACGAUGGCGAUGGCAUGGCAUCCAUGACAUCCCAAUGGGUACGACCUCAGGAAGGGGUUUCUCUCGUUUCAUGCGCCAUCUUCGUCUGCGCCGCAGUAAAAUGCCCGCUGAGAAAGAGGGUUUUGAGGGUGCGGCGUAUGUCCCACCCGAGUCACCAGAGAUGCGCAUCGGAGAGUUCCCUGAGUUCUACUUGCCACAAGUGGAGAGCAUGAGUGCCCUGAGUUCCGCAUUCCAGCCGCCAUGGGAAGAUUGGCCGGCGUGGCCACCUCCUCUUUCAUGGCAGUAUCCCGAACCUAUUGACGCUUUGCACGAUGCAUCUUGUGCACCGCACCAGUUACCGUACAACGUGGAGAUGUGUUAUGGCCCGCCUAAUCCUUGGAUAUGGCCGGAUCCACCCAAGCUGCAAAACCCCCACAAAGAUCUGCCUGUUCGAGAAUACCUGAUGAUUGAAAAGGUUUACGACCUUUGUCUCGAAGCCAUGAAGUUGAUUGUGAUUGAAAGACCAGAGAGACCAGUGAAGUAUGUAGCCCUGUACAUACGAGAGAAGAACCCACUCGCUUGCAAGGUCAAGUGCAGAAGGCAUGUUGGAGAUACUUGUCACUGCAAGAUCCUUCCAACCCCAUCACCUCCUCCACAACCAGAACCAGAACCUGGCAAGGUAGAAGCAAAUGAGGAACCGAAGUGAGGAAGGUGAUGAAGAUGAAGGUAUUGACAUAUUCUCGCAUUUCUCAGAGCUCAGCUGCUUGUGUAGCACCCGGCUCUGCACUAGCUUUCAACCGUUUUUUGCUAAGACAAAGGUGCAUGUCCAUUCCUUCUUACUUAACAAAGCAAACUCCAUUAAGACUAUCCCACACAUACACACACGCACAGUAGAGUUAUCAAGACACGUUUCCCAUCGCAUAUGUAAAAUAUAAUUUGUAAAUGUAAUAUCAGUGAUUUGUUAAUA